AACAUCGGAAGCGGGCAAUUCCGUCGCCAUCGUCGACCUGAAAAACAACAACCAAGUCACCAGGAAAUCCAUGAGCGCCGACUCUGUCAUCAUGCACCCCUCCCAGAACGUCAUUGCGUUGAGGGCAAACGGUACCACGCUCCAGAUUUUCAAUCUCUCCACCAAACAAAGACUCAAGUCCAACAUCAUGAGCGAGCCGGUGAUAUUCUGGAGCUGGCUCGACGACUCCACCAUCGGCCUCGUCACCGCGUCGUCCAUCUAUACCUGGGCUGUGUUUGACGGCACAGAAAACGGGCCUGUCCAACUGACCGCUAGACACGUCUCUUUGGCCAACUGCCAGCUGACCAACCUGAUCGCCAACUACAAUCUCUCGUGGUUUGCGCUUUGCGGUAUUGCACAAGAAAACGGAAGAAUAGUCGGCCACAUCCAGCUCUAUUCCAAGGCAAGAAACGUCUCGCAGCCAAUCGAGGGCCAUGUGUGUGCCUUUGCCAAGUUCAAGCUCCAGAACUCUCCGGUCGAUACUCAACUGUUUGCAUGUGCCUCCAGAACCGUCGAUGGAGGAAAUCUCCAUGUUUUGGAGAUCGACCACCAGGAAGGUGCCCCAGUGUUCACCAAGAAAUCGGCCGAUAUCUUUUUCCCUGCAGAGAUUGCAAAUGACUUCCCAGUGGCCAUUCAUGUGUCCAAUAAGUACGGCAUUGUCUAUGUGCUGACCAAGUUCGGUUUCAUCCAUCUGUACGAUCUGGAAUCCGGCAAAAAGAUCUUCCUGAAUAGGAUUUCUUCGGACCCUAUUUUCACAGCCUCCAAGUUUGAUGAAAGCGCCGGAAUAAUCACUGUCAAUAGAAGCGGUGCCGUUCUUGCUGUCGAAGUGGCCAGCGACAGAAUUGUCAACUACAUCCUGAAAAACCUGGGCGACGUCGAGCUGGCUUUAAAUCUGGCCUCAAGAGCAGGACUUCCUGGAGCAGAGUCUCUUUUCGCGCAACAGUUCAAUCAGACGCUUGCCCAAGGUGACUACGCCUCGGCAGUCAAGAUUGCAGCAUCCUCUGUGCAAUUGAGAACCCCGGACACCAUUUCCAGAUUAAAGACACUUCCAACGCCUCCAGGCCAGCCUGCUCCUAUUCUACAGUAUCUGGUUUAUCUCCUGGACAGAGGAUCCCUCAAUAAAUAUGAAACUCUCGAACUGGUGAGACCCCUGCUCCAACAAAAUAGAAUUGAAACAUUAGAGAAGUACCUGAAGGAAGAAAAACUUGACUACUCUGAAGAGUUGGGUGAUCUUAUCAAACCAUACAAUACGACUCUAGCCUUGGCUGUGUAUUAUAAGGCAGAAGUUCCAGCCAAGGUUGUGACGUGUCUUGGAGAGUUGGGCCAAUUCGAUAAGAUUCUUCCAUACUGCGAGAGAUCCAAUUAUCAUCCAAACUUUACCGUGCUGAUUCAGAACAUUUUGAGAGUCAACCCAGACAAGGCAGCCGAGUUUGCGACUCAACUAUACUCUCAACAGCCAGAUCUAGAUGUCCAGAAAAUUGCGGACAUUUUCCUUUCUCAGAACUACAUUCAACAAGGAACAGCAUUCCUCUUGGAUGCUUUGAAAGAGGAUAAGCCUUCAGAAGGACACUUGCAAACCAGAUUGCUCGAGGUCAACUUGUUACAUGCUCCUCAAGUUGCAGACGCAAUCCUGGGUAAUGCCAUGUUUUCUCAUUACGAUAGACCAACUAUCGCGACUUUGUGUGAGAAAGCUGGUCUUUAUCAGAGGGCUCUAGAACACUACGAGAACAUCAAGGACAUUAAGCGAGUGAUUGUUCACUCCAACGUGUUGCCCGUUGACUGGUUGGUUGCAUACUUUGGCAAGCUUAAUGUUGAACAAUCUGUUGCAUGUUUGAGAGAAAUGCUGUCCCAAAAUAUGGCUCAGAAUUUGCAAGUUGUGAUCCAGGUGGCAACCAAGUACUCCGAGCUUAUUGGUCCAUCCACUUUGAUCAAGAUCUUUGAAGACUUCAAGUGCACUGAGGGUGAGUACUACUACUUGGCCUCGAUUGUCAACCUAUCCCAGGACCCUGAAGUUGUGUUAAGAUACAUCCAAUGUGCUGCUAAAUUGGGACAGGUGAAGGAAAUUGAAAGAGUUGUUAGAGAAAAUAACGUUUACAAUGGAGAAAAAGUCAAGAACUUCCUCAAGGAGGCUAAACUCCAAGACCAGCUGCCAUUGAUUAUUGUUUGCGAUAGAUUCAACUAUGUCCACGACUUGAUUCUCUAUCUUUACAAGAACCAUUUCUUCAAAUUCAUCGAAGUUUAUGUUCAACAGGUGAACCCAUCCAAGACUGCGCAGGUUGUUGCUGCUCUGUUGGAUGUCGACUGUGAUGAGAGCGUCAUCAAGUCACUUCUGCAAUCUGUUUUUGGCCAAGUUCCAAUCGCCGAGCUUUGUGAGGAGGUGGAGAAGAGAAACAGACUCAAGAUCCUGCUCCCAUUCUUAGAGGCUACUUUGCAGUCCGGUGCCACUGACAAAGCCGUCUACGAUACUCUGGCCAAAAUUUACAUUGACUCUAACAAUAACCCAGAGAAAUUCUUGGUGGAAAAUGACCAGUACGAUACUCUGGUUGUUGGUAAGUACUGCGAGAAGAGAGACCCAUACCUCGCCUACAUUGCCUACGACAAGGGAAUGAAUGACGACGAGUUGAUCAGUAUCACCAAUGAAAAUGCCAUGUACAAGUACCAGGCCAGAUACUUGCUCAAAAGAUCAGACUUGGCUCUAUGGGGCAAAGUCUUGUCCGAGGACAACAUUCAUCGCAGGCAGGUUGUUGACCAGGUUGUGGGAACAGCCGUUCCAGAGCUUGAGGAUCCAGAGCCGAUUUCAAUUGCCGUUAAGGCGUUCAUGGAGAACGAUCUACCUGGCGAACUGACCGAGCUUUUGGAGAAAAUUAUCCUGGAGCCAUCUCCAUUCAGCGACAACCCAUCUCUACAGGCUCUGUUAAUCUUAACUGCCAUCAAGGUAGACAAGUCCAAGGUCAGCUCUUAUAUCGAGAAGCUGGAUGCUUAUGAUCCAGACGAAGUUGCCCCUCUGUGUAUCGAGAAUGGCUUGCAAGAGGAGGCGUUUGAGAUCUACAACAAGUUUGAGAGAUACACCGAAGCUAUGAAGGUUCUUCUUGAAGAUAUCAUGUCUCUAGACAGAGGUGAGGAUUACGCCGAGAAGCUUGAGAAACCAGAGUUGUGGUCGCAGCUGGGUGCUGCUCAGUUGAAUGGCCUAAGAAUUCCAGAGGCUAUCAAUUCGUACUUAAAGGCCAACGAUCCAUCCAACUUUGAGCAGGUCAUUGACAUUGCCGAGCAUGCAGGUAAAGAGGAGGAGCUUAUUCCUUACUUGCUGAUGGCUAGACAGACUUUGAGAGAGCCAAAGAUUGACGGGGCAAUUAUUAAUGCCUAUGCUGCUUUGGACAAGCUGCCUGAAAUUGAGAAGUUCCUGCAAUUGACCAACGUUGCUGAUGUUGAGAGCAUCGGAGACAAGUUGUAUGCUAACAAAAACUACCAGGCUGCCAAGUUGCUGUAUGCUAAUAUCUCCAACUACUCGAAGCUGGCAUCCACCUUGGUUUACCUCAAGGAUUACCAAUCUGCCGUCGACUGUGCUAGAAAGGCUUCCAAUGUUUCCGUUUGGAAGCAGGUCAACCAGGCCUGUAUUGACAACAAGGAGUUCAAGCUUGCACAAAUGUGUGGUUUGAACCUGAUUGUUCAUGCGGAAGAGUUGGACGAGCUGGUGAAGCAAUACGAGUACAAUGGCUACUUCAAGGAGUUGAUACAACUGUUUGAGAACGGUCUUUCUCUGGAAAGAGCUCAUAUGGGUAUGUUCACCGAGCUGGCUAUCCUUUACACCAAAUAUAGACCACAGGACACAAUGGAGCAUUUGAAGCUGUUCUGGUCUAGGUUGAACAUUCCAAAGGUGAUUAGGGCGUGCGAGAGUGCACAUCUGUGGCCAGAGCUGAUCUUCCUUUACUGUCACUACGACGAGUGGGAUAACGCUGCUCUGGCCAUGAUGGAGCGGUCCGAGACUGCGUUUGAACACUCAUCGUUCAAGGAGAUCAUUGUCAAGGUUGCCAACUUGGAGAUCUACUACAAGGCCAUCAAUUUCUAUCUGAAUACACACCCUACCCUUUUGACGGACCUGCUGACUGUUCUGACCCCAAGAUUGGACCUCCCAAGAGUGAUCAAAAUUUUUGUCAAGUCCGACAACCUGCCACUUAUCAAACCAUUUUUGAUCUCUGUGCUGGACAAGAACAACUCCAUGGUGAAUCAGGCCUACCACGAUCUUCUGAUCGAGGAGGAAGACUACAAGUCGUUGAGGUCUGUGAUCGAUGCCCACGACAAGUUUGACCAUCUGGGACUGGCCGAGAGACUGGAGAAGCACGAUCUCAUCUUCUUCAGACAAAUUGCUGCCAUUAUCUACAGGAAAAACAAGAAAUGGAACAAAGCGAUUGGUCUGCUCAAGGCCGACAAGCUGUGGGCUGACGCCAUUGAGACUGCCGCAAUGUCGAACACUGUGAAGGUGGCCACGGACCUCCUGACAUACUUUGUUGACACGGGAAACAAGGAGUGUUUUGUUGCCACCUUGUACGCAUGCUACCACUUGAUUCCGCACGAUGUCGCACUGGAAUUGGCAUGGCUGCACAAUCUCGGCGACUACAUAAAGCCAUACGAAAUCUCUGUUGCUAAGGAGAACCAGGAUAGGCUGUCUGAACUGUAUGCGGACUUGAAGGAGAGACAAGCUAGGGAAACCAAAACUGAGGAGGAACAGCCUGCUCUUGGCCAGAGGCUGCUCCUGACUAACGGAACCGGUAUCCAGGCUCCACCCCCAAUCGGAUUCCAACCUACUGGAGCAGGGUUUGGAAACGGAUUUUGAAUUUGUAAAGUAUACAAAAUAAGAAUAGAAUACCAAU